GGGGGCAGGGGCAUUUUAAAACGAGGCAAGAAGAGCUAGAAGGGUGAAGGGGGGCAAGAUGAGGAGAGGAGGGCGGGGGCAGAGCCGCGCCGUACGCAGAAACGCUCGGGUCCAGAUGAGGAGAGCAGGUCCACCCUGAUGCUGAGUCACAGGCAGGUGAACGAUGAGGGCGCUGCGGGAACCAUGGAGGAAUUAGAGCACACCUGCCCCCAGCUCUGGACGACUCUGACCCAGCCAGCCAUCGUUGCGAAAGAGACGAGCUGUGAUUGUUCAGCCCCUCAUGAGAAACUGACCAUAGAGCAAGCCCGUCGAGGGACACCAGCGGAUCGGCCCGUCCGAAUCUACGCCGAUGGGAUCUUUGACCUCUUCCAUUCGGGCCAUGCUCGAGCGCUAAUGCAGGCCAAGAAUCUGUUCCCCAACGCGUAUCUAAUCGUGGGAGUCUGCAGCGAUGAGCUCACUCACAGGUACAAGGGCUUCACGGUGAUGACAGAGGAGGAGCGCUACGAGGCACUACGACACUGUCGCUAUGUGGACGAGGUGGUGAAAGACGCGCCCUGGAGACUCAGCCCAGAGUUUCUGAAGAAACACAAGAUUGAUUUUGUUGCGCAUGACGAUAUCCCAUAUUCUUCUGCUGGUUCGGAGGAUAUUUACAAACACAUCAAGGAAGCAGGGAUGUUUGUUCCCACUCAGCGGACAGAGGGGAUCUCCACGUCUGACAUCAUCACUCGAAUCGUGCGUGACUAUGACGUCUACGCCCGACGGAAUCUGCAGAGGGGCUACACAGCGCGGGAGCUCAAUGUCAGCUUCAUCAAUGAGAAGAAGUACCGGCUGCAGAAUCAGGUUGACCGGAUGAAGGAGAAGGUGAAGACGGUGGAGGAAAAAUCCAAACACUUUGUGUACAAAGUAGAAGAGAAAAGCCACGACCUCAUCGUGAAGUGGGAGGAGAAAUCACGAGAGUUCAUCGGAAACUUUCUGGAGUUGUUCGGACCUGACGGAGCCUGGCAGAUGAUUCAGGAGCAGAGUGGGCGGAUGCUCCAGGCUCUCUCUCCCUAUCAGUCCCCGGCUGCGUCCCCCCGCGGGUCCCCGAGCAGCAGCCCCACGCGGGAGCGCUCCCCAUCGCUGUCCCCCGUGCCCAUGCGCCGCCGGCCCUUCGGCAAGCCCUCGCCCCCCCCCUCCCCCAAGGGCGCCUCGGCCCUGAGGGGCAGUGCGAGUGAAGGGGACGAGAAAUAGGGACGUACACACACCUGCGCACACACACGUGCACACACACACACACACACAUACACACAGAGACGUACACACACACACCUGCACACACAGAGACAUACACACACAUGCACACACACACGUGCACACAUACACACAGAGACAUACA